UGCACAUUUUGAGGUGAGCACGUUUAGUUUGGAGCGGAGUUAAAAACCGGACCGAGGCGGCGGCGGCGAAGACAGCAGCACAGUCAGUCCCGUCUCCUGUAGAAACAGCUCAGACAGGAGCGGUGAAGCCGCACAGUUGCGAUUUAAAGACAAAAACGGAGAGUUCGUCGGACUUGGCUGUGUUUCAGAGUCCCGGUUAAGAGCACCGACGAUGCUGCUCUCCGGCUCUCCGGCUUAAUAUCACAAAGUAAGACGGAAUAAGAAAGUGGCAGCAGGAGACUUUCCUGGAUGUUUGCUCUCUUCAUAAUGAUUCCCGGCUGACUGACUGUCGCAAAACGCUGCGCCAACCGGGACCUUUUCGGUUUGUUUAAAGGAUCAUAUCCCACAUUUACAGCCCAGAAUCUCUUUCCACCCUCUUCUCUCUGGCUGUGUUUUUUUUUUUUUUAAAUGAAAGCCGAGAAGUCAGUGACAGCUGAACCGGAGCUGUGCCGAUCCGUCGGAUGCCUCUUCGCCCUCCUCUCAAUCACCAUCUCCAUGGUUUGCGCAAGGAAUUUCAUUUUUGAAUUUUUAAUUGGAGAAUGACUAAUCAUUCAGAUAAUUGCUACUGGUGUUUCUCUCUUGCUUGUUAUCCAGACGAGUGUAGCCCUUUUUUUAGGGGAAGCACGCACGAUUCCUGUUUUUUAAGCCAGGGCGCGCGUCAUCUCCUCCACUGAUGUCCAUUGAUUUAUGAUUUUUGGGGGGCAUUUAUCGGGUUUUGCACAAGGACCUGGAUUCGUUUCAAGAACACCGGGGUUAAUUCUCUUCCCCAGUGGCCCAAUUUAGAGCCGGAUACUUGUAACUUUCUUCUCCCAUGUGGAAAAACCGCUCUCUUUUUGCCUGGAUGAGACGCGGUUUGGCCGUCACUGUAAAGACUGUAGCUGAACAUUUUUGAAUACCUGUCACACAAACACAAGCUCAGAAACUCGUGCAGAUAAAUAUCUUUCUAUUGCGCAUUGUCCAACUUGAUACCCUCGGAAAGGAAGAACCGCAACAGCAUCGUGUGGAACACCUGCAGAGAGGUUUAUUUACCCACCGUCAGCUACUGGAACAACUGGGAUUAAACAUCCGCCUGCUGGGAUUUCUACCAUGUCAGGUGUACGGGAUUGCAGAUGGACUCUUCUCAUCUGUGUGGCGGCGCUUUCAUGUGCUCUUGCAGGUGAAAUCUCCCCAACCAGCUCAGAUGCCCUCCUCAGUUCCUCAGCAAUGAUGGCCAGCCCUUCACCACCCAAUGUGUACCUACCCGCCAACUUCAAAAUGUCCAAUGCACAGCUGGCUUUCUUUUUGCGGGAGGCUCAGAUCACAGGACAAACAGUUGGCGGCAGCAGUAAGACCAGUCCCAGCACUGGACACCCACUGCAGCGCUCUGAGAGUUUUGUGGUUUUCCAGACAAAAGACCUCCCUGCCAUCAACAUAAGCUUUGGGCCAUUUGCCCGGGACCAGGCCCUGUCCAAGGAGUUGCUUCAGCCAGCUAGUCCACUGGAUAUUCCCGGCCAGCUGACAGUCAACUGGAAGGUGCGAGCCUUCAUUGUCCAGGCACGGGUCUUCUCCAACAACCCUACUGUCCAGGUGUUUUUCUACAUCGCUGGUCGCGACUGGGAUGACUUCAAGGCUCAGGACAAGCUGCCCUGCGUCCGCCUGCAUGCCUUCCGAGAUGUCCGUGAAAUUAAAACCGCAUGUCGCAUGAAAGGCAACCUGGCGCAGUGCUUGGCCCAGCUGGAUCUGCCUCCAUCCUGGUUUAACACCAACGUGGCUCCUCUGGGUCGCAGGAAAGGCUCCAGUGACGGGCUCUUGGAUGGGCUAACCAGUGAGACCCUCCAGGCUGAACUCUACUACACACUCCAUGAGCCUAAUCUGGAGGGGGAGUGCAGUGAGGGUUCAGGCCACAGGGCUGGUGGUGGUACCAGGGGAGAACCUCUGUCACAGCACCCCCUGCUGCGCAUCGGAAGUAUCAGUCUGUACCAGGCCAGUCAAGAGCAGCUGCUGGUGGACAAGCAGUUAGACAAGAACAUGUUCCUCAGGCUGCCUGAGAAACCCCUUAAACCUGGAGAGACCCUCAAAAUCUUCUUGUACUUGAUGCCAAACUCCACUGUGGAGCAGUUCACCCUCAAGGUCAAAGCAAAAAAAGGGGUGAACCUGCUCCAGACCAAGUCGAAGAACGCUCAGUGGAAGGUGGACUGGGAGGUGCAGUCUGGUGCCAAGCAUUCCAUCACCACCAUCGAGGUGAAUAAGAACAAAGCAGUCAAACAGGGGGAUGUAUUGGGCAACGUCGAGGUGAUGCAGUUGGAUUUCGAGAUGGAGAACUUCACCAGCCUCUCGGUGACCAGGAGGAUCAACUGGAACAUCGACUACAAGGGGCAGAACCCACCUCCCGAUUCAGAGAAGGUUGUGACUGAGCUGACGGUAGUGCAGCGGGACAUUCAGGCCAUCAUCCCUCUGGCUAUGGACACUGAGAUUAUCAACACAGCCAUUCUGACUGGACGCACUGUGGCUAUUCCCGUCAAAAUGGUCUCCAUAGAGAUGAAUGGAGCAGUCACCGAUGUCUCAGCCUUUGUGCAGUGCAAGUCUUCCAAUGAAGACAUUGUUAAGGUGUCCAUGAAUUGCGACUACGUGUUCGUCAAUGGGAAGGAGACGCGGGGCUCCAUGAACGCCAGGGUCAUCUUCAGCUACGAGCACCUGAGUGCGCCGCUUGAGCUGACGGUCUGGGUGCCCAAACUUCCCCUGCAGGUGGAACUUUCUGACAACAAUCUCAGCUUCAUCAAAGGCUGGAGGGUUCCCAUUCUGCCCGACCGAAGGAGCACCAGAGACAGCGACGCAGACGAUGAAGAGGAUGAUCGCCGGGUGAGCCGAGGCUGCACCCUGCAGUACCAGCGGGCUCUGGUCAAGGUUCUGACCCAGUUCCAUACCACCUCCACAGAGGGCACUGACCAAGUCAUCACCAUGCUGGGGCCCGACUGGCAGGUGGAUGUCACAGACCUGGUCCAGGACUCCCUGAAGGUGGCUGACCCCAGGAUAGCAGAGCUGGUGGACAGGACGGUCCUGGUGGGCUUGGAGCUGGGAUCCACCAUGCUGAAGGUGGAGUCUCCGCUGGCUGUGGAUGCAGUAUUAGGAGAGUCAACAUUCUCGGUCACAGACGACAAGGUUUCCAUCACAGAGCUGCGUGUUCACGCCGUUUCAGGCCUGACCCUAUCACUGCAGCCCAGCCCUGGCAACAGCCACACCAUGGUGGCCAAGGCAACCGGCCUCCAGACACUCACCACUCCGAAACAGGAGGCCAGUUUGUCAGUCUGGAUGCUUUUCAGUGACAACACAGCUGCCACGCUGACUUACUUUGAUCCCAAAGACUACAACCUCAAUGCCUCCACACUGGAUGACAAAGUUGUGUCGGUAUCCCAGGAGCCUCAGCAACGCUGGCCUGUGGUGGUGGCAGAAGGAGAGGGAUCUGGCGAUAUGGUGCGUGUAGAGAUGACCAUCUGUGAGGCCUGCCAGAAGACCAAACGCAAAAGCAUCAUCGCAUCUGCUGCAGUUUAUGUCAAGGUCCGCUUUGGCCCAGAGGAAGACUCAGAAGAAGAGGCGACCACCGAGGGUGAGAUUGAGUUGGCGCCCGUCACCAGGCGUCCAAUCAUUGAUCCAAACAUCAGUGGAAGAAUUUAUGAGACAUCUAAUGAGCAGCCUGCCAGUGUUCCCAUUGAUUACACCAAUUUUCCCACAAUUAGCAACCAGGAGCGACCAACUGAGAGUGAUGAGGAGGAUGAAGACGACUUUGUUCAUUCACCUCGCAACAUGACUGACCUUGAGAUUGGCAUGUAUGCUCUGCUGGGAGUCUUCUGUCUAGCCAUCUUAGUCUUUCUCAUCAACUGCAUCGUCUUCGUGCUUAAAUACCGCCAUAAGCGGAUCCCACCUGAGGGUCAGGCCAACAUGGACCAUUCCCACCACUGGGUGUUCCUGGGAAACGGCCAACCACUUAGGGCCCAAUGUGAUCUGUCACCACAACAGGUAGAAAGUCCCAGUAACCCUAUGGAAGGUGUACAGACUUGUUGCCAUGGGGACCACCACAGCAGUGGCAGUUCCCAGACUAGUGUUCAAAGCCAGGUACAUGGGCGCGGAGACGGCAGCUCUGGCGGCUCCACAAAGGAGAACGGUGAGGAGGCAAGUUCACCAACCUCCAAGCGCAAGAGAGUCAAGUUUACUACCUUUACCACCCUUCCCACAGAGGAGCUGCCCUAUAACUCCAUCCCCAUAGCAGAUGAAGAGGACAUUCAGUGGGUUUGCCAGGAUAUGGGCUUUCAAGAUCCAGAGGAACUGCACGAUUACAUGCGCAGAAUAAAAGAAAUAGCCUGAGACAGGAGGUGCAGUGUGAAGCACCGCUCUCAGCUUUCUAAAGAAACGUUCCUUUCUAUUUUUCUCUUUUUCACCUAAGUGAAAGAUAAUUUUUCACAGACUAAAAGGCCAGCUGUUGUUUUGGUUAGGGUUUGUUCCAUUUAGUUUGCACAGUGCUGUAAUCUUAUACACGCUCACACUUCUCAGAAUGGAAGAAGAGAAUGCAAGGACGCCAAAGACUUGACCCGAGGAUCUCAGUCAGAGGAGAAAUCUCUAAAUCUUGGCUAUGGGAAAACAUGUUUUACUGGGAAGCUGAGCCAUGGCUAGAUGUGAGAGCUGCUCCAGCUCUUUUAUUUUCAGGAUUUGAUUCUAGAGUAAGCCUGAUAUGGACAGGAGUGUAGAAGAGGUUUGGUACAGGAUGUGUUUUUGCUGGUGCAGUUGGUGUCUGCAGUACUGUACCUAAUCCAAACAAAGAGGCCUUUGAUGAACAAAAGAACUCUCAAAGACUCUCAUGAAAGCUAUCUUAAAAUCAUUUUGUUUUUGCCAAAGUAGGAAAAGCGUUCUUUUAAAUGGCGAAAAUUUCUUCAUUGUUGUUCUUGGUGCAGCACACUCAUGAUUUGUAUUCAUGUUCAUCCCUUACAUUUUUCUACAUUUCAUAGGUAGUUAAAAGCAGUGCCCUACUACUAGUCCUUCUGGUCCUGAACAAAUCUAAUGCCUUAUAAAAAUGGUCACAGUUCACUACUUAUAUCAGCGCAGACACCCUGUUUUCUCACUAUGGCUAGAGACAGUGUAGUAAGAGCAACGAUGUAUAAUACUACAACUGAUCUCAAGCAUGAGGUAUAAAUAGAAAAGAGCUUGUGUAUUGUGAGGAUCUCUAACAUUCUUUGCAUGGAAGGGGAUCUUGAGGCACAAUCAGCAACUUUUUCCAAAUUUGUAAAUGUUUGUAUUGUAAUUAUAUAAUCAUUCCUACACAUUACUAAAGUAAAUAUGUUAUCAUGCAUUACACGCAUGCCAUGUCAGGCCUAAAUACAUGCAGACAUUCCUCCCUAGUAUAUGUAUAUACCGUACGAAGCGAGGGUUGCCACUGGUUACUUACUCCAAAAUAGAAGAGUGGGAAGCCGGUUGAAGUCUUGAAAAUUUCAUAGUCUUGUGGUGAGUAGAAGGUUCCCCUCGGUAAUGUUAUGACAGAACUGUAGCUUUUUAACAAACUGGUAUCACAUUUGACUGUCGAACAUGGGGAUUUGCUAUGCAUCAGAGUUGUAACAGAUCAUUCUCACUGAACACAAGAUCCUCUAAACUCUGCAGGAAAUGUCAUCCAUCCGAAAAGACGAUUACUGAAUAAAUUAUUGAUUUUGCUCCAUCAUUUAAA